AUGGUAUUAGUUGGCGACGCAAGGCCAAUCCGAUAUCGCUCACUCAAUUCGCAAGAGGGUGAACUACGUCUGCUUGAGCUGCAACCCGCGUUGACCGACAACAUCGACGAGCCUAUCGUUUGUCGCUUGGUGCACGAGACAGUCAGCGAAUCGUCGGAGUUCAUUGCUCUGUCCUCGUUGUACGGUGACGCUAGUGUUACGGAGCAUAUCCUACUUGACGGCGUCCAGGUCGUGAUACCGCUGCAACUCUCCGAGGCUUUGCGAUACAUCCGAGCUGUCUUUUUGACCAACUUUUCACCGCCGCCCAAUUCCCCUACCUUGAGGCUCCAGAGUCAGAAACAUUCCGAACAGUCAUUAUCGAUUCUUAAAAAAAGGCCACCGCGCUGGCUAGUUUCUCUCUUGAAGAGCUUUCGGAACACCUCUGUGCAGCCAUCGCCUCGAAACGGUACGCCGUCUCUAUACAUUUGGCUAGACUUGCUAUGUAUCAACAGGCGUGAUACCCGUGAAGCUUCCGAGCAGCGCUCGCACAUGGCGAGAGCCUACCGAAACGCGGCGCUGGUAGUUGGCUGGCUAGGAACCAAAGACGAGACCUCCGACCUCGCCAUCGAGAUCAUCCGUGCGUGGGACAGAUGCAUGCCUGAAUCUUUUGGCGAGCCAGGUGACCGUGAGGCCCACCCCGAGAAUUACGCCCCCAUUUUGCAAUGGAUGCAGCCUGUGGCACAUUUGAGUGAAGUUCCCGAGAACAUUACAGAUCCUCGAGAAGUGCCAAGCUAUAACGCGAUCUUUGAGUUUCUUAACCGACCAUUCUUCCGCAACACGUGGCUUCUCGAUGAAAUGUCACUAGCGCGGUUUCCAGCUUUUCUAUUGGGCGACGAUAUCGUAUCUUGGAUGCAAAUUCUGCGAUUAAAUCGCGUCAAUGAGGACAUCCGCGACCACGGUGCUGACAUGUUUCCCGAUGAGCUUCGUCAUUUGCUCCAAUAUAUGCCUCUUGGCAGCGUCUUCACAUUUUUAGAAGAUUUUGAUCAACGCCAGAGGGAAAGGCAAUAA